CAACUACUACCAGACCCUCUCUGCACCCCCGAGAGUUUCGGGUCACUUAGGGGGCGCCAGGAGCUCGCUUCCGAAGCCGGACCCCGCCUGCGGCAGCAGAAGCCUCAACUCCACAACUGGGGCUCCGAAGUCUCGCCCUGGCCGGAACCUCCUCCUGUGACCAGGGCGCCCUCCAGGUCUGGGCUCUCCCGUUCCCUCCCCCCGUCGGAGGCACACAUCCCGCGGGCCGACCCAGAGGGCGGUGGCGGCGCCAGGCCCCGCCCCGCCCCCAUUAUCAUUAGCAGAUAUUACCCUAAACACUUGCUCUUUACCUCCUUUCUCCCUCCAGGCAUUGGCGAGGCGGCCUGUCAAUCAGCACUCGGGCGGCAGCCCCCCGCGCGGGGGCUCAGCGAUGCCAGCCUUAGCGACAGGCGGCAGUGGCGGCGGCGACCACGGCGCAGACACAUACCCUCCCACAAGCGCGCACACGGCCCGAGCCGGCGGGCAGGCGGCGGAGACACCCUCGGAGCCCGGCGCCCGGCGGGGAGGGGGCGCACGAGCCGGGACCGGCCCCGAGGCGCAGCAUGGAGGAGGAGAUGCAGCCGGCGGAGGAGGGGCCCAGCGUCCCCAAAAUCUACAAGCAGCGCAGCCCCUACAGCGUCCUCAAGACGUUCCCCAGCAAGCGACCGGCGCUGGCCAAGCGCUACGACAGACCCACCCUGGUGGAGCUGCCGCACGUCCGGCCGCCCCCGCCGCCCUUCGCGCCGCACGCCGCGGUCUCCAUCAGCAGCAGCGAGCCGCCGCCGCCGCCGCAGCCGUUCCAGGCGCAGAGCUCCUACCCCUCUGGGCCCGGGCGGGCCGCCGCCGCCGCGGCCGCCUCGUCGUCGUCUCCGUCCUGCACGUCCGCCGCGUCCCAGGGCCACCUGAGGACUUCGGCGCCGCCGCCCGCGGCCCCCGCCGCCGCCUCAUCCUCGUCUUUCGCCGCCGUCGUCAGGUACGGCCCGGGCCCGGCGGCCGCCGCGGGCAGUAGCGGCGCGGGCAGCGACGGCGCCAGCCUGGAGCUCAGCGCAGAGAGUCGUAUGAUCUUGGAUGCCUUUGCCCAGCAGUGCAGUCGAGUUCUUAGCCUCUUAAAUUGUGGAGGAAAACUUCUGGACUCCAACCAUUCUCAAUCCAUGAUUUCUUGCGUAAAGCAGGAAGGCUCAAGUUAUCCCGAAAGACAGGAGCAAUGUCACGUUGGGAAAGCAGUCCACAAUCAGACCUCAGACAGUGUAGACAUAGAGAUGCAAUAUAUGCAAAGGAAACAACAAACUUCUGCCUUUUUGAGAGUUUUCACUGACUCCCUACAAAAUUAUCUGCUCUCGGGAAGCUUUCCCACUCCAAACACCUCAUCAGUCAGUGAGUAUGGCCAUCUGGCCGACAUGGAUCCUCUGUCAACCUCCCCUGUGCAUACACUAGGUGGCUGGACCUCUCCAGCAACGUCUGAAUCCCAUGGUCACCCAUCCUCUUCUACACUGCCAGAGGAGGAUGAGGAGGAAGAAGAGGAAGGCUACUGUCCUAGAUGCCAAGAGCUGGAGCAGGAGGUUAUUUCCCUGCAACAAGAAAAUGAAGAGCUCAGAAGAAAAUUAGAGAGUAUCCCAGUGCCCUGCCAGACUGUUUUAGAUUACUUGAAGACGGUGCUGCAACACCACAACCAACUCAUGAUCCCACAGCCAGCUGACCAGCCGACCGAGGGGAGCAAGCAGCUGUUGAACAACUAUCCUGUCUACAUAACGAGCAAACAGUGGGACGAGGCUGUAAAUUCCUCAAAGAAAGACGGGAGGCGGCUCCUUCGAUACCUCAUCAGAUUUGUUUUCACAACCGAUGAGCUUAAGUACUCAUGCGGCCUUGGGAAAAGGAAAAGGUCAGUGCAGUCAGGAGAGACAGGUCCUGAAAGACGCCCUCUGGAUCCAGUUAAAGUAACAUGCCUCCGAGAAUUCAUUAGGAUGCACUGUACCUCCAACCCCGACUGGUGGAUGCCCUCGGAGGAACAAAUCAACAAAGUCUUCAGCGAUGCUGUGGGUCACGCCCGGCAGGGGCGGGCGGUAGGGACUUUCCUGCACAACGGUGGCUCGUUUUAUGAAGGGAUCGAUCACCAGGCUUCCCAGGACGAAGUCUUCAAUAAAAAUUCCCAGGAUGGGUCUGGGGAUUAGUGGACACUCUUUCCACUGUAGCAGCUGGUCCUCUCAAGAGUUCCAAUUGUGAACAUCCUGUUACCGUCACCUUGGAGUCCAAAGCAUGUCAUGCUGUCAGACUUUACACAUCCUAAACCUUAACUCUCUUGAUCCACUGCCACUGUUCCCAAAUAGAAAUCCAUUUUAGGGUUGUUUGGGAAGUCUGUGAAGCCUACAACAGACUCUCAGAAUAUUAUAUUAUAAAAAGGAAAAACCACGAUUGAUUUUAGAUGAUUACGAGCUAGACCGUGAGGGUGAAAAAUAGAGGUGAGCUCCUGGUCACCUGUCUGAAAUCUUCAAAUAAGCUCUUCUCCCUGAGCAGAGCUGGUCCCCAGGAAGAUUGGGUUAGUGUCCCUGUCCGUGGGAGAAAGUAGAGACAUGGAGUUGUUUUAAGGAACAAGGAACGAGCAUUCUCUGAAUUCUAAUAAGUUGUCUUUAUGUUUUCCAAAGACUUGAAUUCAUACUUCUCAGCAAAGACAUAGGAGAGGUGACGUCUGUCUCUAUUGUCAAAGCCUGUUGUUAAAGAGAGGCCAGCGAACAGAGGCCACCUCCAGACAGUGAUUAAUUGGAAGUCAGCUGUUUUUCUCCGUUAUUUUUACCAAAAAAAAAUUCUGCCAUGUUGAUCCGGAAGACACUAUGUGAUCUCUGGAGUUUACAAACAGUAAGUUUUCAUUAUUUCAGUCAAGAAACGUCCAAAGAUCCAAAACCAUUUUCAAAUGCUUGAUUUUGUAGGUUCAUAGAUCCACAGUUUCCAUAGCGUUAAAUCAGGCUUUGUUGACACAAUGCCAAAGUGGUGGGUUGAGCAAUGAGAAUUUCAGUCAGUUGUUUGGUGCACUGAAGACCCAACAAGUGGUGUGACUCAUGGUAUUCCCUGAAUUGACCAGAUGUUCUGGAAUCGUGUACACACAGCUUCAGGGCCAUUCUGACAACUAUGCAAUGGGCUUGUCUAUAAUUUCUCUGAAAUUUGAGGUCUUUCUGUGCUGAGCUGAUCUUUAGAAUUUGCAUAAAACUUCUGUUUUUUGUUGUCAUUGAUGAAAAUGUUUCAUCCCGCUGUUGUGUGCCUCCUUGCCCCAAGUAUUCCCUUGAACUACAAGUUCUGGCUAAGUUAACACUGAAUCACUCCCACUCAUUUCCCCCUGGUUAAUUUGUUGGGCUCCAUCUGUGAAAUUUGUAGUGACUUUGGUAUCGUUUCUCAUGAAUGAAUGCUGUAGAGUUGCUAGGAUCUGUUUCUGAAACUUUGGAAGGCAGGAGCAGCUUACUUUGUCACACCGAUCCGGAUGACUGCGUUCUGUGUAGAGCAAAGGGCUAAAUGGGCAGCAUUUAUUGAAGGCUGUUAACGUCAUCUACAAACAUGACUAAGGGUUUUCAAAAUUGGUUGGAAAUUCAUUUAAAAUUUAUGAGCAUCCAUUUAUAAAGAGGAUUUUUUUGGUCAUUAUUUGUCAAAGUAAAAUAAUAAAUUAUCCUUUACCUUCAGUAAUUAGUUAGCACCAACUGUAUGCACAGCCCUAGAAAUAGGUCCUUUAGCUUUUGUUAUGGUUAUUAGUUUCAUCCAUUGGAAAGUUUAAUGUUUAUAGAGAUGGUCAUUUGUCAAAUCUGUUCAAUGGUGUGGGGAUAACUAAUACUUCGAUCCUAUUUUGGGCAAGGUAGCUAAAAUUUGGAAGUAAAAGAAUUGAUAAGGGCAAAGGCGAUGUUACUUAUGGGAACCAUGAGACUAAUAUCUUUGGCUAUCCGAGCAAGAAAGAUCUUUCUUCAAGAGUUUUUAGAGGUGUAGGAAGUCAAUAUCUUCUAAGAUUCUUUGGUGACAUGCAGUCUUGGCCAGAAGAAAAAUACCACCAUAACCUCACUGUCUUUGCAUCUUACUUUUUCAUUUUUUGCACUGGGCUUUGGAUAUCCUUACUGCAGAGUACAGUGUCCUUUUUUCUAUUGCAGCAAUAUUUGACCACUGCUUUGAAAAAAAACCCUUCCAAUCCUUAUCAUUUUCCUGCAAGCUUGAGAAUUCCUCACGUCUUCACAUCUGAACAUCAUCUUAGAACCCUUUGUUGUGGUCUUCACUUAGGAUGAUGAUGAGAUCAUUUCUGCACUCACUCUCCAUAGCCUUAUGUGUUGGCAUGCUUAAAGAAAAAGAUGAAGUGCUUGCACACUGCUCUGAGAGAGGGUGACAGGAACCUUCACUUUGGCUGUAACUGUCACCUCAGAAGGCUGCUAGGGUGGCCUCCCAAGCCUCGUGGUUGCACACACCUUUUGCUCCAAAGGCACAUCUGGCCUCUUUCCCCCAGCCCCAUCUGGGUGAAUUAUUUCUCUAUCAGCUUUUUUCCAGUCCUUCACAGAUUCCAAAAUGGUGGGACUCCAUGUUGGCCAUCUCUUAUACACAUGAGGAAACCAAACUCAGAAAGGUGAAUGGCUUCUUCAACAUCCCUCAGCCAGUUCUAAUGCCUCUCCGGGGUCUAGGACCUAGGAUCCUGCCCCCUGUCAGAGGUUCCAUUACACUCUCAUUGUUUGGAUGGUCACUGUAUUCCCUUAGCCUCGCCCACUGCCUGACCCAGGCACUAACAGCCACUUGGGCUCUGACACAGCAUCUGCUUAGAUGUUCUGCUGUCUCCCCAUGCCACCAUUUGAGUUUCACCUUUAAGGCUGAUCUGUUACCUGAUUCAUGGUGGUUGCCUGUAUUGUCACCUGAUUUUUAAAUCAGGGCGUGCAAAGAGUGUUCACCUAUUUUGUGGUAAGACCAGCGUGGUCUCUAUGUAGCAAGGUUAAAAGUUCACCACUAGGAAGAUUGGAUGCUAUCAUUGCUCUGUCAGCCUUUCAGUUCAUGUCUUUGGAGACCAGAAGAUGUUGCUUAUUUUCUGGAUUUGAUUUUCUUACCGUCUUUGUCUCACGACAAGAAGCUUAGACUCACAUCAGCUCUUAGAAUCCGUCUUGAGUCCUUUCAGCAUUGGUAUAAAAUGGAUUGAAUUAAACCAGCUCAGGAUGUAGCUGUGCUCCACUUCAUUGGUGAGAGAAGGAGAUCGCAGGGCUGGCCUGUCACCAAAGACUAAAUUUGGCAUUCUUGUCAGUGCCCAGGUGUGGUCUCUAACCCAGCUGUCAGAAGAGUCCAUACCUACCAACAGUGAUGAUGUCUUGAGGUGUCCUGUGUUUCCCCACAUUACAAUCAUAUCACAAAGAGCGUGCCUGCUUUGCACAGUGAACCGAAGCCCCCAGUGCAGUUUCCCUGGGCUCCGGAUAACCCUCCAGUCAUCUGCAUGGGAGAAUGUAGGCCAGGAACCUGUGGAGGGAAGCAGUAUUCUGCCAGCAGUUACUAAAGUCACAUUUCUCACUGUCUCCUUGGAAGGUACAUGGUGCAGAAUCUCGUGCUGUAACUGCCAUGUUAAAUGCUUAUGGAGAAAAACUAUAAAUAUGAGUUUGUACCUUCCGUUUUUCACUUGAAAAUGUUUCAUCUAGCUCUUGGAUCCAGACAUCACUCUCAGUUUUCCUCAUUUCCACCACAGUAUUUAGGUUACUGUCCCCGUUUGUGUUUCAUACGGCGUCAUUAGGAAUGUAGAGCAUAAUAUUCGAGUGUCUGCAGAAAAUUGCUAUCAUCUCCUUUGGUAGGGGAAUUGAGAGAUACGUGUAGCUACUUCACAGCUGCAGAGCAAGUGGGUGAUUUUACAUUCUGGAUUUUUCUUAGCCCUUCAUCAGUCAUAAACACAUUGACCGAAGAGAUUUCUUCAUCAGAAUUAUAAGGAUAUAUUACAAUAUAUGAUUGGAUCCAACUACUUCAUAUAUCAGAUGUCGAUGGAAUGUUUUUUUUAAGUCCAGUAACUAUUCUUGUAAUAUCAAAUGUUUUCCUAAAACCUAGACAAAAAUACAAACUUGGGGAUCUACGUUUUCCUGCCACUUUAAUGGCUUGUCCUCCAUCUGUUACUAUCAGAAAGUGGAUAGAGCAUGAUGUAAGGUGAAACAUGCACUAUUUUCAGAAAAACAACCAUACAUUGCCCUCAUCUGGAUUCUGUCAUUCAGCAUAUGCUCUGGAAUCUACACUUAAUACCCACGGACUACCUCCUUAGUUUUUUCUUAGAUUUCAGUCAUUUUUUAAAAUCUCAUUCUUGGAUAACUUCAUUUUUACAAAAGAUUUAAAGUGUAUAACUUUUCUCAUUCAGUGCUAUGUCAUUUUACAGUACAGAUCUGUGUAAUUUUUGACAGCUCUUAUAUACAAAUUUUAGAAAUGUAAUAGAAAAUGAUUUUGCACAUAUGGUGCCAGUCUCGCUGGUGUAUGUUUAAUGUGACGACAGUUGCCAGAACUGCUUGGCAAAACAUGUCAAAUAGAGUGCUUGAGUCAGAACUCUAAUGUAAAUGUGUCUAAACAGCAGUCUGUAUCAUUAUGAAUAUUUUUCUAAACAUAAUGAUGGCUUCUUUCAGUGGUAUAAGUACUGAAUAAAAAUAACCACUUCGCUUGGAAUAAUUCAAGAAAAUGUCACCCAGCUGAUGGCCCUCUGCAGAGUUCCUUGCAUUGUCAGCCAGUGGUGUUGGUUCUUCUAUUUGUGUUGUUUUUUUAGAGGAGAGUGAAGAAUUGAUACGAGACACCAUGGAGUGCAAAAAUAAUAACCCAUAGAUACUUCCCUUCUAACUUCUAAAAUUCAAAACUAUAACUGAUAGAUUUACACAUUAGAGACCACCUUUUCCCUCCAUAGUAUUCAAUUGCAAGAAGCAUUGAGAGGACUGGACUUUGCUCUUCUAAUGACCAAGCGUGGUCAGUUUGGCUAUUGAAAGCACUAAAUGACCAAAUUUUUGCAGUAAAAGUGACCAGAUUAAUUUUCCUCGUGACCACCCAUAGCUGGCUAAUAUAAGGGCUAGGUUUUCAUUGAAUCACGAGUCCCCAAAUUGCAGUGAAAAUACAUCUGCUAAAAAGACUUGUUCAGAAGCUUGUUCAUUCUCAGAAUAACUGCACCAACACGAGUGGCCAGAUGGGUCUUGGCCAUGUUAGAAAACUGUUUCGGCCCAUCCAGAACCACUAACAGCAACAACAAUAGUAACGAUAGCGAAUAUCCGUUGAGUUCUUGUGUGCCAGGUACUUUGCUAAGCACUUUAAUGCAUCCUCUCAUUUUAAUCCUCACAACCACCCUCUGAGGGUCUUACUGUUGUUAUCCCCAUUGUAUUGAUAAGAACAUGCCCAGGGUAGUCAGCUAAUGAGAGGAUCUCUUUGGGCUUAGUAAGUAGAGUGGCUAGUUCAGUUUUCCCCAGUAGUCAAAGUUCCCAAAGCCCAUCAAGACUUUGGAAUGGAUUUGUUUAAUUUAUGCCACUGAGGAAAAGUUGAUACUUGUGUUGUUAAAAGCCACCUUUAAAGUAUGUUGAUGCUUAAGUAGGAGCAUAUGAACCACAUAUCUUCUGGGAACUGCCAAGGUUUCUGCAUAAGGCUUGACUUACGUAAGAGCCUAUGACGAAGACUAGGAAAAAUUUUAAAGUAGUGAAUAAAUUAAAAUCCCUUACUUGUUCACAUUUAUUUCAGAGGUUUCCAGUACAAAAACGCAGGGAUGGAAAAGCAAAAAUCUGAACUCAGAGAAGUGAUGUUCCUUGGGAACUCCUAGAUGUUAGAAAUGGCACUGGGCAUCAGUCAGCCAAAUGCUCCGUUCACUUUUCCCAUCUGUUGUAUUCGUAGCCUUUGAAUUGAUGAGUCUGCUUUGGAGAGGGUUUUAAUUUAUGAUGUCUCUGUGAGAACUGUUGUGAAGGUUUUGUAGGAAAAUACAGUGAUCUGUUGAUUCUUUUCUGUAAUUUUGGCUUUAACAUCUCUUUGGCUGUGUUUAAGAUCAAGAGCAUGCCAAGGCCGUGAGGGCCUGGCUUGUGUUUCUUGGGAACAGGACAUGCCAGACCAUGAGGUGGGUCCUGAAGCUUUCAAGGUCACUGGUCCAGCAGGCCCCUGCCCAGUGUGAGCUUUGCCUUUACGUCUCUCCUCUCUGAAACUUCAUGUAGCAGCCUAACCCGGGGGCCACUUGCCUUUACUCUGUUUUCUAUGAUGAACACUUGUGGAGAAACUGUGACAAAUCCAUCGAUCCUAAUAUUUUUAUUGUUGGAGUCUUGUUGAUUCUCUAUGAAUAAUUUCUAUUUGAUUGUACUGUGUAGAGUUAAUACCCACUAGGGAUAUGUUAAUAAAACUAUAAAUGCAUAGUGUAAUAUAGAAUAGCAAGAUUUUUUUGUGAACAAUUUAUAUAGAAGAGUAAGUUGUUUUUUAAGUGUUAGGCACAUUUCUUUUAGGAACUUAAAAUGUUAUAAGAGUUUUUUAAACAUUCAAUAUUUUUAAUUAUGAGGAACAUUUGUUACCGAAGCCAGUUAUUUCAGGUGUUCUAAUUGGAGUAUUGAUUUUAUUACCUCAUAUACCUCUAGAAUGCCACAUGUUCUGUUGGAGAUAAAGUUGCACAAUAAAUGUCAAGUCUCUGUUAA